UUUGCGACCUUACGACAGACAGCAGAGCCCACCAGCCAGAGCUAAGGGCCCAUUCGUCGUCCACUUCCACUCCAGUACACCCACCUACACCCACACCUACACACGCAGAUUGAGGAUGCCGCUGUUUGGGUCGAAGAAGAAGAAGCAGAAGGCCGAGGGUGAGGCGGACGGGGCCGCGGAGGCCGAGGCCUCGUCGUCGUCGUCAUCGUCAGGUGUCAAGAGACAGCUGAGCAAGAAGGAGCAAAAGGCACUGGAGAAGGAGGCGAAGAAGGAGCAGAAGGAGAAGGAGAAGCAGGAGAAGGCGGCGAAGAAGGCCGCAAGCAAGAAAGAGAAGCAGCAGCGAAAGGAAAGCAAGAAGGCAAGCAAGAAGGCAAGCAAGAAGGGCAGCAAGAAGGGCAGCAAGAAGAAGGACAAGAAGCACCAGCGCCGCAUGGGUGCGCAGAAGGUGCACCGCGGUCGCCUGUUUGUGCGUCUGGACAUUGCAAAGAACAAGCUGGUGGCGCAGGUUGAUGAGGCCCGCGACUUCCACACGGUGACGAAGAACGACGACGCCAACCCUUACGCGGUCAUCUCCAUUGGGCCCGUGCCCAAGGGCUGCGACGCCGUCAUGAAGCAACAGACCAAGGUGGUCAAGGGCGCGCGCAAGCGCGCCGUCUUCGAGCAGACGUUCACCUUUGACAUCUCCGCCAUCACCGCGGGCAUGCGCGACAACACGCGGCUGCGCAUCGAGCUGCUGCACGACGCGGGCCGCAAGCGGGGCACCUUCCUCGGCGGGAUGGCGUUUACAUUGAACGAGAUUGAGGAUGACGACACGCCGACGCAGGGCUGGUUCCGCUUCCUCGACGAGAAGAAGGCCAUCAACCAAAACGAGCCCUUCCGCGUGAUGCGCAAGAAGGAAAUCACCAAAGAGAUCCAGGAGCUGUACGGCGAUGUCUACGGCAACAAGAAGCCAGAGGAGCGAACGUAUGAGGAGCCUGUGCCGGCUGUGGACGACGCGGAGUUGAUUGAGAGCAGCGGUGCUGUUGGCGGGAAGAAGAAGGUUGGCAUCGACAGCUUCACGUAUCUGCAGGUCCUGGGGCGCGGCGCGUUUGGAAAGGUGCUGCUUGCUGAACUCAACGACACAAAGGACAUCUACGCUGUCAAGGUGCUGUCGAAAGAGGCUGUGAUUGAGGACGAUGACGUGGAGGCGACGAUGAUUGAGCGGCGCGUGCUCUCCGUUGGCGCAGAGUGCCCCUGUUUGACGGGCCUUUACGCAACCUUCCAGACGCCGGAACGCCUGUACUUCGUCAUGGAGUUCAUCAAGGGUGGUGACCUCAUGUUCCACGCAUCCAACCUGGGCUCCUUCACAGAGCCGCAGGCGCAGCUGCUGCUGGCGGAGGUGUGCUGCGGUCUGUGGUUCCUGCACGACCGCGGUAUUGUCUACCGCGACCUCAAACUCGACAACGUCAUGCUCACGGGCGAUGGCCACGCAAAGCUGGCGGACUUUGGGCUGUGCAAGGAGGGCAUCUGGGGUGCAGCCACCACCACCACCUUCUGCGGCACCCCGGGGUACCUUGCGCCAGAGAUUAUCCAGGAGCUGCCGUAUGGGGUGUCGGUAGACUGGUGGUCGCUCGGGGUGAUGGCAUACGAGAUGAUGAUUGGCGAGACGCCGUUUGACGGCGAUGACGAAGAGGAGAUCUUUGAGGCCGUGCUGUCUGCGCCCCUUGAGUUCCACGCGUCCAUCUCUGCCCAUGCGCGGUCGCUGGUGACGGGGUGGCUGCAGCGCGACCCGAAGCAGCGGUUGGGCUCGGACUCCGCCGGCAAGGACGGCAUCAAGCAGCACCCGUGCAUGAAGACUACACAGAUCAACAUACCCACAUAUCCUCUCUCCCCUUCUUUCUCUCAUGAAUGA